UUAAGACUGAAUUAUUUAAUUUCAAUAGUUUGAAAUCAAAAUGUUUUAACUAAAGUUUUCUUGCUGAAAUCUUAAAUAAUCUAUCUUAUUAAAAAUAAAUAUGACUUUAAGAAAUUUAUUUACAUCAUUUUACCGACUUCAAAAUGGAUAUAAAUAUAAGCAUAAAAGUUUAAAUAACAUCACUGUUUAUAGUUUUUCCAGCCAGCCACAUGACCGAGAAAUUACUAAAGAAUUGAGUAAUAUGUUUUUUGCUGAACCUGUACAAGAUUUAUUGUUUAAACUUACUCAUGUUGAUGUACAAAAAGCAUUUAGAAAACGUUUUAUUGGACAAAAUCCUGACACUCCAAUUUAUAAAUUUAUGACCACUGCAGAAGUUGAAAAAAUGCAAGCUGAAGUUAAACUAAAAGCUAAAGAAAAAGUUCAGAUGCCACCAAUUGUACCAUUACGUACAGAUUUAGGACAAGUAUUGGACGUUAACAAGGAUAUAAUUGGUUUUGACAGCUCAAAAUUCGUAUUUACAGAUAUUACUUUUGGUGUAUCUGAUAAAAAACGCAUAGUUGUGGUACGAGAACCUAAUGGAAUACUGAGAAAAGCUAACGAGGAUGAACGUCAUGCUGUAAAUCAAAUAUAUUUUCCUCAAUCAGGAAGAGAAUUAAAGCAUCCAGUCAUGUUUGAUGAUACCAAUUUAAAGCCUCUUCUUGAAAAUGGUGAUUAUGAAUUCAUACUGGAUCGUGCWUGUUGUCAAUUUGAACCUGAUGAUAAAAACUAUCACCGUGUUGUAUUCAGUACAUAUAAACAUGUUGAUGAAUCUAAAAAUUAUCAUCUUUUGGAGUCCACAAGGCAUUUAGGACCUUUACUGUUUUAUUUGGCUUUUAAUAAAAAGCCAGAUAACUUUUUGUUAUAUUGUUUAGAAACUGAAAGGUUUGAUGAUGUCAUGUUGUUUAUACAAUUAUAUACAAAGUUAAAUCAAGGUCUGGAGAUUGAAUUGGACGGUUCAAAAGACAAAUUUAAGUUAAUAGAGGAUUUUAUAAAUACUGAAUGUAUUGAUAAAGUAAAUUUGGAAGAAGCAUUAAAAAAUUACAUUACUAGGAAUAGUGAAAUAGCAUCUAAAUCAAACUAAGUAUUUAAGUAAUAUAUAAUUAUAUUUAAUACUUCAUACAAAAAUAUAUAUAUGUGUGUGUGUAUCAAUGAAUAGGAAUAUUGUCCAUAAAAAGAAUACUCGAUGGUACUGUAAUGUAUAUACAAUUAUUAAACAUUAGUUUUCAUAAAAUAUAAACACAAAUGUUUGUUA